CUAUGCUGUUGAAUUGUUCUACAUAGAAUAUUCGUUUUUUUUUUCGGAGAAGUGGAAAAGUAUUCAGUGAACAUGUUCAGCAAACAAGUGGCGUUAUUUGUGUUAGUUGCUUCUGCAUUGUUGGGAUGUGCUUAUACUCAAAGCAAUAACUGGCGCCGACCGAAUGAGACCACCUCUUACCCAACCGAAUCGGCUAGUGAUCGUGCUCAACGACUCGGCUUGGGAACAACUGGGUACGGUACUGGAUUGAACGGGUACGGGUACUCGAGUUCCGGUGUAGGAGGAUACGCUCCGUUGAAAAUUGAUCUUGGCGGUGUCAUUCUCGGGACACUGGUCGGAAUUGGAGCCCUGCUGAUUCUACCCAAGCUGGUUGGUGCCUUCGGUGGUGGUGGUUACGGAAGUGGUCAUUAUCGUAGUAACGAUGCGAGUGAUCUGACCGGAGUCACCGAUAUGUUGAACAAAAUGGAUGAUUUUCUAGCACAGAACAACAUUGACUCGGGCUCAUGCAUGCAGAAGGCGAUUUGUAGCUACGUGCGUUCCUCGGACUAUCACAUGCAGGUUGGAACGGCAGAUCAAAUCGAACAUAUGAUUUUGGCUUUGUCGGAGAACUCACUGGUGGACUACAUGUUGGAUGGAACAGCAAUCAAGGAAGCCAUCAAGAAUGGAAAACAACAGACGGCACGGUCCUGCGAUGAACUGUAUAAAACUUGCCCGCUAGAUAGGCAAUCUGCAUUACAAGUGUUCAAGAAAAUGUUCCCUCUAGGCGGGAACUAACCACCUAUUCGAGGAACUUUUACGAAAAAAAAAACGUACAAGCAUAUCAAUAUUGUUAGCAAGUUGUUCGUCGAAGGGUAGAGUCAAUAUAAAAAAACUAAAUUUAUUCACCACGUGUUAGCAGCAGAUUUUCAAAAAAAAAUCCACCUAAAUUCAGCUCAAACAAUUCGACCCUUCGACUGUAGACAAACAAUCAAUCCCGAACUAAUGCCAUAGCCUACUCAUCGGACGGUGACUAGUUAGCCAACUAUUCACCGCAAAAUCGAAUUAGCCAGCGCAUAAACUUAUACUCUGCGGAGGUAGCGUGCACACAUCGUAGCAAAACACCCACGCCUACUGCGAUCACCCGCUCAUUUCGUGUGUCACCUGUUCUUUUCUAACAAACAUUCCUAACCGAACAGAUUUCAGCUCAUGGAGAUUUACUGAACAGAAGGUCUCUCAGAAAGUCACUUCCAUAGAUCAUUGAUCCACUUUACGGAGAUGAUGACACUCUGAUUGAAUUCUGGAAUAUAACCAAAACCGUUGUGUGAAAAUUUGUAACAACAUAAAUAAACAUUAGAAUGCCACAAAUGAAGAAAUCACCGAUGAAAAUGCGUCCUUAUUUGUGUCAACGACCCUAUCCACAUGUCCAUGAGUGACCAUCAUCUCCGAGCGUUCAAAGUGAUAUUCCGACCCCGUUCCAAAAACACCAAACCCAAGCGGAAAGCAAAAUAAGUGUAUUUUUAGAAAAAAUUCCACACAUUCAACAACAUCAACAACAGAACCUGCUAACCUAGCAACACUAGCCUACUGCGAGCGGACCAAUGAGAUUGUGUGGGUGAAACAGUAGAUCGGAGCCGAGCUGAUUCAGCAUUCACCUCGAAUACUCGGCGAGGACGAUGAAAUAUUUGGAAAUUAGAAGAAAUCAGAUGGAAUUCGCAUCCAAGGGUGGUGGAAGGGAGGUUUCAAACAUUAACAAACAGUAAGUUUGUGUUGAUAUCGACGUUAUUCUACUGAAAAAAAAACUUCACUUCACUGUGAAAAUUAAGAAAUUUUCAUUUAUAAAUACUAGAAUCGGUACAAGAACUAGAAUUUGUGAGGAAUUCAACCUCGCACCAAAUAUAACACUUACGAAGGGGAUCAACUAAAUUAGUGUAAGCAUUGGAAAAUACGGUUUUGGGGAAUUGAUACUUGAGUGAUGAAAUAACUGUA